GUAGUAGCAGCAGUAGUAGUGGUAGCAGUAGUAGUAGUAGUAGUGGUAGCAGCAGUAGUAGUGGUAGCAGCAGUAGUAGUAGUAGUAGUAGUAGUAGUAGUAGUAGUAGUAGUGUCGGCGUCAGCUUACAUAUGCCUUUGAUUUGUCAUCAAAGCUAUGAUGUCAUAAAGCUUAGAUAGUUCCGCAGACAGCACACAACUCAUUUCAGCUUGUGACAAGCUAGUGUCAAGACGUCAUCAGACUUCUGAAGAGGACUUUUAUUCAAAGGAUCUUUAAAAAAACACAAUCAUUUCUACGAAACUAGGACCUUUUUUGGAGUUUAGUGAAAAUCGACGAGAGAUGGAAUAUUUAAUCGAAAAUCUUAAAAAACAGGGGGAAAAAGUUAUUCUUGAAACAAGAAAAGAGACGGAAAUUUUAAGAGAGAAAUAUCGAAUGAACAAGAAAUGUAAUUUAGGAAUGGAACAGAUAAAUAUUAACUGUUUCAAUACAGAUUUCACCUUUUUGCCAAAGGAGGAAGUCAUUGCUCCUGCCACAAACCAGCAACCGAUGGGAGAUUUCUGCCACAAACUCACUAAAGAAAGAGAAGUUUAUCUAAGGUUAAAAGCAAAAAAACUGGUUAAACGUUUGGAAGCAGAGAGGAAAACUGUCUUUACUCAAACGUCACGAGAAACGGACGAUUCUGGCCCCAAAGAGACAAAGUUACAGAAAAAGGUUGACGAUAUGCGCGUUGAGCCUGAACAACAUUUCAAAAUGAACUCAGAAGAUGAAAAACCUUUUGAAAUUCAAGAAGGCGUCAGUAUUGUUAGCAGAACAGGUACGUACCACGUGGAUAAAAUCCUAAAGCGGCGUCAUUUUGGGGAACUUGUUCAAUGCACGCAUCGUGAAACAGGAGAAAUCGUUGCUCUCAAAUGUAUUUGGAAAAAGUUUGGGGAUUCAUACAAACAAGAAGAAGAAGUUUUACAACAUGUUUCGAGUCUUAACUGUGACGAGAACAACUUGGUGAAGUUUAGAGAGGCAUUUCACUAUCAGGACAGGAUUUUCAUUGCUUUCGAGAAACUGGACAUGACCUUAAUGGACUUUAUGAGGGAAAGAAACUGGAAACCUUUGAGCAUAUAUGAAAUCAGGAUUAUUGCUGAUCAAAUGCUUUUAGCUCUGAAUUCCCUAAAACAAGCUGGCCUUACUCACACUAACGUGACGCCUGAGAAUAUUAUGUUAGUUGACCACAAAUCACAGCCGCUCAGGGUUAAACUAAUUGGCUUCGGUAAAGCGUGUCUCACUUCUACAUUAUCAGAACGGGACAUCGCUGUAAAUUGUGGUUACAGCGCUCCAGAAAUAGUUUUGGAUGGGCGCCUGGAUAACAGUGUGGACACAUGGGGUCUAGGCUGUACACUCGCGUUUCUGUCCCAGGGUUUCCACUUGUACCCCACAUGUGAUGAAUACGAGUAUCUGAGAGUCAUCGUUCAGCUGUUUGGGAAUCCUGAUGAGAGUUUACUGAAGGAGGGACGGCGGGCCAAACACUUUUUCACAUCUGGAUCGACAUGGACUUUUAAAUCAGUUUAUGAAUAUGUGCAAACGACUGGAAAGCAAUUUAAUAUGACAGACAAAGACUAUGACGAUUUAGUGUCUCUGGAUUUCUUGAUGCAUUCAGUUCUACCAGUGAAAAAUCCUAUUGAGCUGGAAGAAAAACGAGCGUUUGUAGGCCUUUUAAAGCAAAUGAUAUGUGUGAAUCCAGCUGACAGAAUCCUUCCAGCAGAAGCUCUGCAUCACACAUUUUUCAGGAGCAAACUAACUGUGACUGAUAAUAAAAUAAAGGCAGGGGGAGGCGAUAGGACACCAGACAACGUUCCACCUCAGGAUUUAAAAGACGUCAAAUCAGAAAUUAAAGAAUCAUCUGAGAAAGAGAUAGAAACAAGCCAGACAAUAAAGGCGGGUGAUGUUAUCAGAGGCCUUACAAAUGUUUACCAUGUGGAUAAGGUGCUUGGAUCUGGGGCCUUUGGGACGGUUGUCCAGUGCAGAAUUGAAGGAACAGGUGAAUUAGUAGCGAUUAAAUUAAUGACAAAAGAGAAAGACGCGAAGCAUGAAGUGAAAAUCUUAAAAUAUCUCAACCAACACGACUCUAGUCAGAAGUUCGUCACAAAGGUAAUCGAACGUUUUACAUGUAGCAAAUACUUUUGCAUUGUGUUUGAGCUGCUGGACCGAACUCUAAUUGACUUAUUGAAAGACAGACAUUAUAUUCAUCUGACGGUGUCUGAAAUCAGACCGAUCGCCAAGCAGUUGUUGGAAACACUUGGCUUUCUCAAGCUAAUCGGUGUCACUCACACAGACAUCAAACCAGACAACAUCAUGCUGGUAAAUCAUGAGUCACAGCCGUUUAGAGUCAAGCUUAUCGACUUUGGACUUGCUUAUAGGACACACAGAUUAUCAAAGUAUGAUCUGAUGCAGAAUGUGGCGUACCGAGCUCCUGAGAUCCAUCUGGGCACGCCACGGGAUGAAUCCCUCGACCUAUGGAGUCUCGGAUAUUCUCUGGCUGUUUUGGUUCUAUGUCACACCCUGUGCCCAAGUGACGAGUAUGAAGCAGUGAGGAUAAUUGUAAAGCUUCUUGGUCUGCCCAGCAAUCAUUCCCUCAUUGAUGGCUGGAGAGCCAAUAAAUUUUUCACACUGGACAAGAGUGGACCUGAACACUUAUUGAGACUUAAAACACCUAAAGAAUAUGAGCAGGCCACAGGAAAGAAGAUUAAAAAGAGCCAUUCAAUAUAUAAUAAAUUACGCUCCCUAGAUGAUUUAAGAAAGUUGAUACCAGCAAACGCCGGUCAUACUGAAGUCAAAGACUUCAACGCAUUCUUAGACCUUCUGAAGCAAAUGCUAUGUGUGAAUCCGGCAGAUAGGAUCCUUCCAGUUGCAGCGCUGGAGCACAGGUUUAUCACCAUGGAGCACCUUGCUGACGCCAGGAACAGCCUAUAUGUGGAAAAGGCUCAUGAAAUAAUGAUGGGGGUUGAAGGCAGGAACACAAACAGUUCAGCUCCAAUUGAUGAACUAAAAGAUGUGAUUUUGGAUAUAGACUUGCCAGCAUCAGACUGUAGCGUCUACUGCAGUCUGCCUUGUGUCAAACCAAAGCAGACACUUUUUACCAGAUUUUGUAAUUUCAUUUCCAGAAUCUGGAAUCGGUGCAUUAAUAAUUCUCCCCCGUCCAAAUCAAGAAGAAGAAGAAGAAGAAAAUAUCUUUUCUGGAGCGCCUCAAGAUAAAAAUCACGAG